AUGGACCCAUAUACCAAACUUUGCUGCAAAGGUUUUUGCAUUGACAUCCUAAAGAAACUAGCCAAGACUGUGAAGUUCUCCUAUGAUCUCUACCUGGUGACAAAUGGAAAACAUGGUAAAAUAGUGGAUGGUUUAUGGAAUGGCAUGAUUGGUGAGGUAUAUUACCAGCGAGCAGAUAUGGCCAUCGGGUCUCUUACCAUCAAUGAGGAACGCUCCCAAAUUAUUGAUUUUUCUGUACCUUUUGUGGAGACGGGCAUUAGUGUCAUG